UGUCUGGUCCUGGCGUGGAGAAGGAAGAGGUCUGCAUCCCAAUACAGGACAGGAGUAACCCGAGCCGCGACGGGAGGAGAACGCCUUCACUUUGACUUUUGAAGACUUUCGUUACAUGGGGGGCAAGAAAUGACAUCGUCAGCGUGCGAAAGGAGGGCGUUUGCUCAUAAAAUCAACCGGACCAUUGCAGCAGAGGUCAGAAAACAAGUGACCAGAGACUAUGGCUCACCUCAGCUGUCCAAGAAACGAGGAGGAGCUCAUCACCCUUUGCCCCUGACGGAGGUGGUUGAACCUGUGGACUUUGAGGAAUAUGUGAGCAGUCACGCUCCUGGGGUUGAGGCCGGCCCCCUCAGACAGCUGAUGGAGUUUCCCCAGGAUGACCUGGAGCUCCUCCAGCUGGACAAAGAGUGCACUACACUGGAGCCGCCUCUUCCUGAGGAAGAGGAGGACUCAUUAGAUCCCAGAGUGAGAGAUGCCCUGGCAGUCUUCACAGAUGACUGGCUUGUCAUUCAUAGAAAAUUUCAACACUACAGCACCACCUACACCCCUCACAACUCUGAGAGACAGAGAGAGAGGCAGCGAGGGCUGGUCAAACAGACCUUUGAGCUGGACGAGUCUGCUGCGCCUGAUCGCCAGGACGACCAGGAUGACUCAAAACGGAGGUCGGUUAGCCUCGACGAGACACCCCGAGGCAGCUGGGCCUCCAGCAUCUUUGACCUGAAGAACUCCUCCCCGGAUGCGCUGCUCCCAUCCGUGCUGGAACGAACAGCUGCAGAGGACAUGGACCAUAAAAACACUGAGGCACGCUCACAGGGGCGCCACAGUGACCUGCUUGGCUUGUACCCUCCCCCUGAUGAGGAUGAAGCAGUGGAGAGAUGUUCUCUACCUGAGGUGCCCAAAGAACACUGUGGCCAGAGGAUUAUGGUCAAGUGUUUGUCACUGAAAUUCGAGAUUGAAAUCGAGCCAAUAUUUGGAUCACUUGCGCUUUACGACGUUAAGGAAAAAAAAAAGAUUUCCGAGGAUUUUUACUUUGACCUUAACUCGGAUCAGAUGAAACUACUGCUGAAGCCUCAUACGCCUCACAUAGUUAUAUCCACGCUGGCUCGUUCCGCCAUUUUCUCCAUCACCUACCCUUCUCCUGAUAUCUUCUUGGUUAUUAAGCUUGAAAAAGUUCUACAGCAGGGGGAUAUUGGUGAAUGCUGUGAACCCUACAUGGUCAUGAAAGAGUCUGAUUCCUCAAAGCACAAGGAAAAGCUGGAGAAGCUCCGUCUCCAGGCAGAGCAGGCGUGCUCUCGUCUUGGACGUUUCCGCAUGCCUUUUGCCUGGACAGCUAUUCACCUCCUCAACAUUGUCAGCUCUGUUGGAGGUCUUGAUCGGUCUGACCCAGACUCUGACUCUGAACGAAAGACCCAUGGGACCUGGAAUGAGAAAAAGAAGAAGGGGUUUGAGAGGAUGAGUGUUGGGGAGGAGAUGUGUAACUUUGCCACUUUCCGCCCAGCAACGCUUACAGUCACCAACUUCUUCAAACAGGAGGGUGAUAGACUGAGUGAUGAGGACCUCUACAAGUUUUUGGCAGAUAUGCGCCGGCCAUCGUCUGUUCUGCGACGCCUGAGGCCCGUCACAGCUCAGUUAAAAAUCGACAUAUCUCCAGCACCGGACUCGCCGCUUUAUUGCCUGUCACCAGAACUGCUUCAUGUGAAACCGUAUCCGGACCUGCGUGUUCGGCCAACCAAAGAGGUUCUGGAGUUCCCUGCUCGUAAUGUUUACACGCCGCACACCACGUACAGGAACCUGCUGUAUGUUUACCCACAAAGUCUAAACUUCAGCAGUCGUCAGGGCUCAGUGAGGAACAUUGCUGUGAAAGUUCAGUUCAUGGCAGCAGAAGACCCCAGUCAAGCUUUACCGGUCAUCUUUGGAAAGUCAAGCUGUGCUGAGUUCAUGAAGGAGGCAUAUACUCCUAUCAUCUAUCAUAACAAGUCCCCUGAGUUCUAUGAGGAGAUGAAGAUGAAGAUUCCUGCCAAUCUGACAGACAACCAUCAUCUGCUGUUUACCUUCUACCACAUCAGCUGCCAACCCAAGCAAAACACUCCUCUGGAGACCCCUGUGGGCUACACUUGGAUACCUUUGAUGCAACAUGGCCGACUGCGCACCGGCUCCUUUAGUCUUCCUGUGUCUGUAGAAAAGCCUCCACCUAGCUACUCCGUGCUGACUCCUGACGUCCAGCUUCCAGGCAUGAAGUGGGUGGAUAAUCACAAAGGAGUGUUCAAUGUCGAGGUGACAGCAACAUCCUCUGUUCACACUCAGGACCCACACCUGGAUAAGUUCUUUACUCUGGUCUAUGUCCUUGAAGAGUAUUCCUUCCCGUUCCGACUCAAGGAUGUGAUUAUCACUGAAGCAAACAUGGAAGGGGAGCUGAAGGCCAGCAUAGCUGCACUGAGAGGAGCUCAACUGGAUACCUGUGUCAGAUUUUUGCAUCAGCUGCUCAACAAGCUCAUUCAGCUAAUUGUGUACCCUCCAGUCAUUGCAGGCCAAAUUGUGAACCUUGGCCGGGCUGCCUUUGAAGCUAUGGCUUUGUUGGUGAACCAGAUCCACAAAAACCUCGAGGGAAACCAAGACCAGCACGGCCGCAACAACCUGCUGGCCUCUUAUGUUCAUUACGUCUUCCGUCUGCCCACCGCCGAACCUCUAAUGCCUCCAGCAGGUGCCCACUCCUAUGAGAUGCCUGUGCAGUACGCUACCUUAUCCAGGGCAACGGGCCGCCCAAGCAGCCUGCAUCUGUCCCGCUCAAAGAGCAUUAGCAAUUCCAAUCCAGACCUUGCUUGCACACCAAUUACCCCUGAUGAAGAAGUCCAACGGAUCAUAGGAAGCAAGGGCAUUGACCGCUCCCAUUCCUGGGUAAACUCUGCUUAUGCCCCUGGGGGCUCCAGAUCUGUGCUACGCCGGAACCCCAACUCCAGCUGCGAGCUCAAGCAGGCAAGCGACCACAGCUGCAAUCGCAUGUCUGCCUUUCUGGACAGCGUGGCCUUGUUAACUGUUCCCACAAGACCGAUUACAAAGAAGUUACUUCACGAGGAGCUGGCGUUGCAGUGGGUGGUCAGCACCAGCUCAGUGAGGGAAGCAGCGCUGCAACAGGCUUGGUUCUUCUUCCAGUUAAUGACGAAGAGCAUGGCCCACCACAUAUUCCUGACCUCUAAGCUGGAGACCACUAGGCGUCAGCGCUACCCAGACCGCUUUGUUGAUGACAUCGCAGCACUUGUGUGUGCCAUCAGUGCAGACAUUGCCAACAGACACCACAAGGAUGUGGAGCUUGUGGAGAGAUUAAAUAACAGUCUGGCCUUCUUCCUUAACGAUCUGCUGUCUCUGAUGGACCGGGGCUUUGUGUUCAACCUCAUUCGCUCCUACUACAAACAGAUCGCUAACAAACUCCACACAACACAAAAUCCCAGCUCUCUGAAUGCCCUGAGAAUGGACUUUAUGCGUAUUGUGUGCAGCCAUGAGCAUUAUGUGAUCCUCAACUUGCCCUGCUCAACUCUGAGUCCUCCAGCAUCCCCCUCACCCUCUACCUCAUCCACCACUUCACAGAGCUCAGCAUUUUCAAACGUGGUGCAAGACCAGGGUGUGGCCACCAUGUUUGAGCUGUCGGUCCCUUUUCGCCAGCAGCACUUCCUGUCUGGCCUGUUGCUCUCUGAACUCUCUCUCAUUCUCGACCCUGAUGGUGAAGGGGUUUUCUUCCUUCAUAAAAAGGCCAUCAGUGCUGUUCACUCACUGCUGUGCAGCCAUGAUGCAGACCCUCGUUACAAGGACCCCCAGGUUAGAGCGCAUGUUGCUCAGCUCUAUCUGCCCCUGCUACCCAUUGUCAUGGAGUCACUGCAUCAUCUGUACGAUUUCUGUGACUCCUCGCCUGCUCGCGCUCGCCAUGCCUCCACCUACUUUGAAGAUACUGACCCAGACAGUGGCAAUAUUAUCAGUCAGUCUGUUGCCAUGGCGAUCGCUGGCUCCCCUUUACCGCAUGCCAAAGCCAACCCAUUUGCACUCCCCUCUGUGGCUGGGCGCCAGUCCAGCUCUCUUUCUGCUGAGUGCAGCCGGACUUUGCUGGUGUGCUUCCUGUGGGUGCUGAAGAACGCGGAUGCAUCUCUCCUGGAGCACUGGGUGUCUGAUUUGUCUGUCCUGCAAAUCAACCGCUUGCUGGAUCUACUUCAUCUCUCUGUGUCCUGUUUUGAAUACAAGGGAAGGAAAGCUCUACAAAGAAUAAACAGCUUGACGUUUAAAAAGUCUCAGGACAUGAAAGCCCGCCUGGAAGAAGCCAUACUGGGAACUAUAGGAGCCCGUCAAGAGAUGGUCCGCCGCUGUAGAGAAAGGAGUCCUUAUGGCAGCCAGGAAAAUGUCAGGUGGAAAAAGAAUGUUACUCAUUGGAGACAAAAUGCAGACAGAGUUGACAAGAGUAAGGUUGAGAUGGAUCAGGAGUCUGUGGUGGAUGGAAACUUGGCUACUGAGGCGUCUUUGAUAGUACUGGACACACUGGAAAUUAUAGUAAAGACUGUGGUUGCAUCUGAACUGAAGGAGAGCGUUCUCGGUGGAGUCCUGAGAGUGAUUCUUCACAGCAUGGCGGGCAACCAGAGCGCCCUCUUCCUGCAGCAUUGCUUUACUACGCAGAGAGCUCUGGUGUUCAAGUUUCCAGAGAUGCUCUUUGAAGAGGACACAGAGCUUUGCGCAGACCUUUGUUUGCGUCUCCUUCGUCACUGCAGUAGCAGCAUUGGCUCUGUCAGAAGCCAUGCUUCUGCCUCUCUUUACCUUCUUAUGAGGCAGAACUUUGAGAUUGGAAAUAACUUUGCACGAGUAAAGAUGCAGGUCACCAUGUCUCUGUCCUCGUUGGUGGGAACAUCACAGAACUUCAAUGAAGAGCAUCUUCGUCGGUCACUAAAGACGAUCUUGACAUAUGCUGAGGAGGACCUGGAGCUGCGUGAAACACCUUUCCCAGAGCAGGUCCAGGAUCUGGUGUUCAACCUGCACAUGAUUCUUACCGACACUGUGAAAAUGAAAGAGCAUCAGCAGGAUCCUGAAAUGCUCAUUGACCUGAUGUACAGGAUUGCCAAAGGCUACCAGAACUCCCCUGACCUUCGCCUCACAUGGCUACAGAACAUGGCAGGAAAACACUCUGAAAGAGGGAACCACGCCGAGGCGGCCCACUGCCUCGUCCACAGUGCCGCACUUGUGGCAGAGUACCUGAACAUGUUGGAGGAUUGCCGCUACCUCCCGAUUGGUUGCGUAACAUUUCAGAAUAUUUCAUCCAACGUAUUAGAGGAGUCAGCAGUUUCAGAUGACGUCCUGUCUCCUGAGGAGGAAGGCAUUUGUGCUGGGAAGUAUUUCAGCGAGUCUGGCCUGGUGGGCCUCCUGGAGCAAGCAGCUGCCUCUUUUAACAUGGCUGCCAUGUAUGAAGCUAUAAACGAGGUGUACAAGAUUCUGUUACCCAUCCAUGAAGCCAACCGAGACUUCAAAAAGCUGGCGUCUGUCCAUGGGAAGCUGCAGGAGGCCUUCAACAAAGUCUACAACCAGAGUUCUGGAUGGGAGAGAAUGUUUGGGACCUACUUCCGAGUUGGUUUCUAUGGUUGUCAAUUUGGAGAUUUAGAUGAGCAGGAGUUUGUCUACAAGGAGCCUUCAAUCACCAAAUUAGCUGAAAUCUCCCACAGGCUCGAGGAGUUCUACUCAGAAAGGUUUGGGGACGAUGUGGUUGAAAUUAUCAAGGACUCCAAUCCAGUGGGCAAAAGCAAACUGGAUCCCAACAAAGCCUACCUUCAGAUCACCUAUGCUGAGCCUUACUUUGACACAUACGAGCUAAAAGAAAGGAUCACCUAUUUUGACAAGAACUACAACCUUCGCACUUUCAUGUUCUGUACUCCCUUCACUCUGGAUGGCCGGGCACACGGCGACCUGCAUGAGCAGUACAAACGCAAAACCAUCCUGACAACGUCUCACGCCUUCCCUUACAUAAAGACACGGGUCAACGUCAUCCACAAGGAGGAGAUUAUCCUUGUUCCCAUGGAGGUGGCAAUUGAAGACAUGCAGAAGAAGACGCAGGAGCUCGCCUUUGCCACAAAUCAAGACCCUGCAGACUCUAAGAUGCUUCAAAUGGUGCUACAGGGCUGUGUGGGAACCACUGUCAACCAGGGUCCCCUUGAGGUGGCGCAGGUCUUUCUCUCCGACAUUCCAGAGGACCCAAAGCUGUUUCGCCAUCACAACAAACUGCGGCUUUGCUUUAAAGACUUCACCAAGAGGUGUGAGGACGCCCUGAGGAAGAAUAAGGCCCUAAUUGGACCAGACCAGAGAGAGUACCACCGAGAGCUGGAGAGGAACUACAACAAACUAAAAGAAGCUCUGGGUCCUCUCAUCACCCGCAAGAUACCCCAGCUUUACAGACCCCUGCCAGUUCAGGCUGUGCAGACACAACGGAACUCCUACAGCAGGUCGAGUUUCCGCUGAAUCGGCUGUUGAGAUGCAGAAAACUGGAUAGCAACAUAAAGCUGUAGAAAGUAGCACCAUCCCUUUCCAUCUGUUUCUUCUCCUUCUCCCCCCAAUGCAUUGUGCGCCAACUGUCACCCUCUCACACACACACGCUCACACACCAUCAUUCCUCAUCUUGCUUGUUAUGAUAUCCUCAUCCAUAUGCCUGGCCUCCCAGUUAUGUUUCCCUCUCCCAGUAUAACACCACUACUGCUACCACACACACACUGAUAGAUGUCACCCCUUUUCUUGGCUAAACCAGCCCCCAUCAACCCCCCCAAGUCUCACACCAGUGUAGAAAAAAAUCUCAGCUGGUUAUAUUUGAAGGUUAUCUAAUUGGUAAACAUUGUCAUUUGUUGUGAGGCUCUUUAAGAGGCCAGGGUUUAAAAAAAGCUGUCUGAAGUAAUCUGUCCGAGCAGAUCUGGCUGUAGUGGUUUUACCAAACUUAAGCAACCUAGCAUUGUGUUUCUGAAUUGUUUAAGGUUUAUCGGGUUAACUUUGAAGAGGUUGCGGCGUAGUGUCAGGCUUUUUUAAUUAUUAUUAUUUGUUAGAGCUCAUUAUAAACCAGCUCUGGUAGUAGUCACCAAAGUUUUAAACAAAAAAACAAGUCACCUCACUGUGCGCUUUGUUUUUUUUUGCAAGCAGACCAAAUAACUGACAUUCCUUCGUCCUCAAGUUUUCACAUUUAUCAGCUCAUCUCUCUGUAAGGAAUUGAAUAAAGAGAGCUGCUGGGUUCAUUCGGUUCAAGCUCAGGUCUCACGUCUGGUAAGAAAGGCCAAACAGGGUGUUUAAAUUUUUUUUUUUUUUUUACUGAAUUCCUCUGUGCCACAUAUGAUGUUUUAUCACAGAUACUUUGCCUUCAGCAGGAUCGUCUGCUUUAUCCACACAAAUAUAUUCAAACUGUUGCAUCUACUGUCAACCUGCAGCACGUUGUGAUAACUGAAUAAGGUUUACCUGUGCAGGCAAGCCCUCUUCCGACUGAGAUCUGCGCCCUGCUGACACCCGAGUUCACCACUGCUUGUUAAGGAUUUUGUUUUAUUAUACUGUAGCCAUUUAUUACUACUGUAUCUUUGAAAUUGCACUACUGUAAACAAACUGUGGCACAUUAACUGUAACAACCAAGCAAUCUGUGCUUUUAUUUACAACUGCUUUUUACCAGUUAGUUUUGUAUUUAUUUAGCCUGUAUUCUAUUAAAUAUUUCUUCUUUCACAGCUGAUCACCAUUUUUUUGGGGGGAGGAUGUAUUGAACAAAUAUUUGUGAAUAUUGCUUUCUAGCUUUUGACUUUUUAUAAUGUAUCCUAUUCUGGCAGCUUAGAAACAGUAUGGUGGGUCAGGUUGCCUUGCAGUGUCGGGGUGGACACUGCAAAAGGGAAGGGUUUGUGUUUUUUUUUUUUAUGUUGCAUAACUGAGUUUAAUGAUCAGGUUUAGGCAAUAAAGUGGACAGGCUACGGCAUUAAUAAGAGACGAAAGAGAGAGAAAAAGGGUGGCGUAAACAAAGGAAAUGGCAGCAACAAUGACAUAAAUUAUAAGGCAACAAGACACAAUGAACCACAUGUUUGUACUACACCCAGAACCAUAAAAGUAUCAAAUGUAAGUGCUUUCUGUUCUUGAGUUACUAAUUCUCAUUUCUUUUAGAUAUAAUAGGCUUUGUGAUGGAAUAAAAUAUAGAUGAGAUUUAAUCAUAUUUAGAAUACAGUUGGGGUCAAAGUGCAGCAUAUUAUUUAUUCACUGAUGUUAACAUUGUGAAAAACUUUUCUGUAAUUGAUUUGAAAUUAUACCUUUAAAAAAAACAUGGAAGAAACACUAAAAUAUUCAGAUUGGACGUACCAUUCAGUAUGGAAAUUAACAUAGUUGGCCCUUGAUUGUAUGAGCCUCUGGACAGUAUUUGAGAUCCUACUUGCAAUUCAUAAUACAUUUAGCAUUUUUUAUUUGUAUGAAUGGAUUCGAUUUUAGUGGAGGCUCAAGGUAGCCCCUCUGCAGAGCUGAACCAAGAGCAAAGGGGACCAUAUAAAACAAUGGCAGUCUCAGAAAUGUAAUAGCAGUUUAUAAGAAGAGCCAUUUUAUGAAUUAAGCCACAGUUAUGGUUGUGUGUCUUGGCACCUAGCAUUCUGCCCUGAAAACCUUUAAGUACUCUUGGGCCAAAGGCUUAGCUGAUUACACUUAUGCUGAUUAAAAUGUGAGCUAACGCUUUUUAACGCUUUUGUUACACUGCAAAAGGUUUUAAUAGUUAACUUUAGGUUAUUACACAAACAUAAGAUAACUUUUUUGUUUAAUUUGGUGAACAAUUAUUUCCUCUCAAGAGUUGCUCAUUUCUGUAUUUACUUUUUGAGAGACAGGACGGUUUUUUACCAGAAGAUCUGUAAGGAGCCCUGAAAUAAAUUGUAAAGCUGU